UCACGAUAACUCGAGCUGUGAUUGGCCAGUUUCUUAACGUUAGUGUUCGUCCAGGAAGUUGGCAGGCAUAUAACCAGGUUGGUUAGUUGUUUUGCUCCACUGUCUACGUAAAUAUCGCCUUUUAAACGUAAUGGCAGUUUAAUGUAUACAGCUCCGUGAGCCAUAAACCUUUAACUUAUCGCAUCAAGCUCCUUCUAAUGAAGUCGCGUUCAGCGCGACGCUAGCUUUCACCAGUAUCAUUAUCCCGUGCAAGUGGAACUCAAGCUACGCUCUGUGACAUUUGGUGUCAUUUGUCAACGCUGGGAAUUCCGGUUAUAAAGUAUAAAGGGGGCUGGAUGACGUCGCCAUGGCCGGCUCUGUGCUGAAACAGUCACUUUACUGGGAUGAAACAGAGUGCCUCAGUUUUUAUGGGAUGCUGUCCCUCCAUGAGGUCUUUGAAGUCGUCGGCUCUCAGCUGACGGACACUGACGUCGACGUGCUCUCCUUCCUCGUGAGUGAAACCUGCGCCUCUGUUCACCCCUUGGACCCAGCCAGCUGGACGGUGCAACCCAACGAGGAAGACCCGCCCGACGCUGGCGAGGCCCCGAGUCCCAAGCUACUGGUGGCAUGGAGGCGCUUGCAGUCACGAGGCUCCCCACAGCCCACGGUUGCCUGGUGCAAGCCCAGGAAUGGCCUGGAGUUGCUGCUGGAACUGGAGAGACGAGGGUACAUCAGUGAAGGCAACCUGGAUCCGCUUCUGAAGCUCCUCAGAGUCCUCACCCGACACGACCUUCUGCCUCUUGUGUCCCACAAGAAGAGGAGAACGGUGUCUCCAGAAAGGACUGGCAAGAAAUACGGGGUAGAACACAGCCAGUUGUCAUACACAUCUGGCCUGAGGACCUCCUAUACACAAGCAGAAAUGCCUCUUCCUUCCCUCACGUACCGUGUGAGAACAGGGUCUGAUCCAAUUGUGCGUGGACCGUCCAUGAGGAAGCGAAGAAGGAAGAGGGGGAAUGGCUGGAGUCGCAAGCCUAAGAAGGCCAAAAGGCUGCCACUAGCACUGCCACAGAAAGCAUCCUGCACCAAAGUCGUCAAGCAGCCGGUUUCCACUUCCCAGUUCUGGAAUAGUGACACGGGGGGACGCUCUCUCAGCGGUGCUCGUGCUCAGUACAAUGUCCGCCUGAGGGUCCGGGCCGAAUACCUGGAGCACGAGUCUGCGCUGCGUAACGGCGUGUCAUCGGAUAAACGGCAGCCUCUGGAGCGCCAGUUUGAGCUCUUCAGCCAGGCCGACUCGCUGCUGCACGCCCGAGACCUGGGCGCCAUCAUGUGCGACAUCAAGUUCACCGAGCUGGCUAACUUGGAAGCCUUCUGGGUAGACUACCUGAGCGGGGCGCUGCUGGAGGCCCUCAAGGGGGUCUUCAUCACCGAAUCUCUGAGGGUGGCGGCCGGCUCCGAGGGCGUCCGGCUACUCAUCAGUGUGGACCAGGAUGACUACGAGGAAGGCCGGCGGGUCUUGAGGGCCGGAAGUAUGCUGUUGUCAUCUACUGGUGGGCACAAAAACAAUCACUGAGGGAUGUAGGUGGACUUAAUGCUAUGAGAUUGCACUUGGUAGGUUUUUUUCUUUCGUUUAAUACCUCAAGUGGCCACAGAAUGGCAGCAAGCACCGCUCGUUUAUGGCAUGCCUUGAACCUUGGAUUUUUAGUUGAGACAAUGAAUACUUUUGAGUUAUGUUUGAAUUCACGUCAAGGUGCUACUUUAUGGGACAGCAGAAUGAAAGAUGACAUGUUGGGACGAGGCAGAGCUGGACCAACAGAGAACACGGUGGUAAGCCCCACAUAAAUAUGUCAUAAUUUAAACAAAUUCAGUUGGUGUUUCACAUGUGCUACUUAUUAAUUCAAAAUGUUUGUCAAGAGGGUGAAAGUCCUAACAAAUUCAUAAGCAAGACAUUUUUGUUAUUCACGUUUGUGACGAAGAAAAAUAUUGAUUGCCCGGUCUCUGGAGAAUUUCGCUCUUGUUUCCUUGCGUCGCAGUCUCAUUUCAUUUCUCAAUUUGUCUUUUUAAUUGUAAUACUUUUGAAGUGGAAAACUGAUGCUAGCACAAGAAAUCUUCGGGACCCAACUCUGGAGAACUUUGCCCUUAGCUCAGGUUGCCUACAUCACAGUCUCCAUUAUGCUAUAGCACUCAGUUUUCGUACGGUCUACAGUCACCUUUCGGGUAAAAUUUGUAGAAUUAGAAGCAGAAAAACCAAGGCCACUAUAAUGGGGGAAAAAGUUAUUUUUGCAUCCUAACUGUUGGACUUUAUCUCUGGACGUUGCGGUGUCAUACUCCAGUCUCCACUUUGCUUUCUUGUUACCCAAAGUCUCCUUACGGCUGAGGUUUGUCUCCCUACUGUAGAAAAUCGAGAUAAAUAGAAAAAAACAAUUGUAUUUGCUUUUUGACGCUUGAGAAGCUCGUCCUUAGCUCUGCUCAGCGUAACUAUCCAUAGUCUCUAAUUUGCUGUAGCACUCUGUUUGCAUGCUGUCCUCAGUUUCCUCACAGGUGAAAUUUUGUCAACGUGUACUAUAAUAUGUUCGAAGUGGAAAACCGAGGCAAGUAGAGAAGGCAAAUAGUGAUCUUUGGUGAACCUCUCCCACACAAAGUGCCCUCUUAAGAUAAGCAGACGAAUCCCGGAUUGUCCUAAGAAGAUAACCUUGCAGUUUGUGAUUGCUCUGGUCAGUGGUCAGCAGUAGAUGACAUCAGUGAUUAGCUUCCAGCUUCAGCAGACUGUGGACAAGUCAUCACAGCAGCCGGGAUGAUAAUUCAAGAUGUGUGGAUGUGUGUGUGGCUUCUAGUGCUUCCCUCAGCAAGUAAAACUGGUACAGGACAUAACAGUGUCGGUCAAUACAAGGGAUGUUCGGGAGAUCAAAAUCCAAAGCGCGCACAUCCGGGCUGCAAUCAUCCCCAAUUGAGUGUCUUUGACGGAGUGCUGUCUGGUCACCCUGCUGGAACUAAUGCCAGGACUUCACUCGAAAAAGACGAUCAAUAAGCCCCCUUGCUCUUAUAUAAAAACCACUACAAAAAGUACACUGGGCUGGUCUGAAGGGCUGUACUCUGCAGGCCCCGAAAAAAAGAGCUUUUGGUUUGUUUCUUUAGUAAAUGAUAAAAUACUUUGAACUUUGUGUUUAAAAAAAAAAAAAAAAAAAAAAAAGUGUCAAUUAUUUUGUGGUUAACUAUAUUAGGAAACCAAUAUAUUAUGGGUGAAUACUAAAGAAAAUAAAAUAAAGGUGUGAUUGCCCUAAAGCUGUUUACGUGUGGUCUUAUUAAAAGUUUAAAAAGCCAUAGAGUAAUACCCAGCUAUAGCGCAGGGGGAAUAGAGACAGGGUCCUGCUGUGAUUCUGCGAAUACCAAAAAGAGUAAUUGAGUAGUAAUAUUGUACUCAAGUAAGAGUACUGUUGCUUAAGAAUAAUACUGUAUGACAAGUAAAAGUAAUCCUCCAAAUUACUUACGAGUAAGAAACUACUCUGGGGGGGGGGGGAACUACGGUACUCAAGCACUGAGUAAUUUAUGAUUUUUUUUUUUUAAUCAGAGCAUGAAUGUCAAAUAAAAUAACCAAGUAAUAUAUGAAUGUGCAAAUGCAGAUAUUGCUGAACAAUAUCACUUAAUCUAAAACAUAAACUUAAAUAACAAAUUAAGGCAAAUUUGGCUUCAAGAAAUGGUCUUAUACUAUUGUUUCCACUUGUUUAAACAGCACAAUACUGUAGGCUCACCAGGCAGAUUACAAAAACAGGAACAAGGCUGCUGAGGAUAUAAAAAGGUAUACACGCGCCUUUUCAAAUGCCAGGUUUUUGAGUUGUAAAAGAAUUUUGACCAAGAUAAAUCAUUUUUAAAAAAAUUCCACCAUUGUGACCUAGAAUUUGUACAACUCGAAUGAUUUAUUUGUGUAUCUUUUUGAGAGGGGAGGUGAAAAUAAACAACUGCAAUAAACUUUAAUUUGAUUGACUUGGA